UUUAUCCCUCAUUCAAUGCUUUACCAAACUCCCUAUCCUCAACCUUUUCAAUUUCAUCCCUUGCCUUCUUCUUCCACCUCUCUUCUCCUCCCAACCUCAUUACGUCUCUCCCCUCUUUAUUCCUUUUCUCCUAUCUCUCAUCUUUCUCAGGUAUCUGAAACAGACAUGGAGUGCAUGGAGGCAGCUUUGAAAAGCAAUUUGAGGAAAGAAAUGAUGGUACAACUCAGUCCAGAAACUUUCAUGGAGGAGUUCAGUGUGCAAAACGGAACCACUUGCGACGACUUUUUCGUCGACGACCUCCUUGACUUCUCGCACGUGGAUGAAGAACCAGAACAACAGCACAAGGAACAACAAGACUCGGUUUCUCUAUCCCUUCAGAAAGAAAACCCAAGCCAAGAGCCCUAUGCUUUCAAAGCCGAUUAUUCCUCUGUGCCCACCACCGAGCUUAGCGUUCUGGCGGAUGACGUGGCGGACUUCGAAUGGUUGUCUCAUUUCGUGGAGGAUUCCUUCUCGGAAUUCUCUGCGGUGCUCCCCACCGUAACGGAGGCCAACCCAACGGGCCAUGCGGCGAAAGAGCCGAAGCCAGAACCGGAAAACCCGAUUUUCACCUUCAAAACACCGGUUCAGACCAAGGCGAGAAGCAAGCGAAGCAGGAACGGUGUUCGUGUUUGGCCACUCGGUUCCCCUUCCUUCACAGAAUCUUCCUCGAGCUCCACCACCACCACUUCAUCGUCUUCCUCCUCCUCCCCCUCCAGCCCCUUGCUAAUUUACACCAACUUCCCCCGUAGCCUCGACCACGUCAGCUCCGAGCCCAAACCAAAUAAACCGAAGAAAAAACACUCUUCCGACAGUGCGGGCACUCUGGCGCCGCGACGGUGUAGUCACUGCGGCGUGCAGAAAACCCCUCAGUGGCGAACCGGGCCCCUCGGCCCAAAAACACUCUGUAACGCAUGCGGGGUACGGUUCAAGUCGGGACGGCUCUUACCCGAAUAUAGGCCCGCUUGCAGCCCAACAUUCUCCAGCGAAUUGCACUCAAACCAUCAUCGUAAAGUACUGGAGAUGCGGCAGAAGAAGGAGAUGAUGACUGAGAUUGAAAAUGGUUUUACCCCUGCUCCCGUUCCCAAAUUUUGAUUUAACUUUAUUAAUUUUAAAAAAGAAAAAAAAAAGAGAGAGAGAAAGAACUAGGUAGAGAGAGAGAGAGAGAGAGAGAGAGAGAGAGAGAUUAGAGAAGGUAGGGCAAACUUUAGAGGCGGUUCGACGGGAGCCGGUUUAGUGUAUAUUGUUUUCCUUGUAUUGAGUGGUGUAGGUGUUAGGCUUUGUAACUGAUUAGGUGACUUUGAUAUUGAAGUGUUUGUUUUACCUUGUUGAUUGGAUUUUACUUUACUUUUGUAUUGUUAGCCGUACCAUAAUUAAUGUAAUGGGUGUGGGUAUGGUAGUGGAUUGGUUGAGAGGCAUGAAGAUCGUGAAGAAAAGAAGCAAAAAACGCAGAGAAGUAGUUUGAAAAGCUAUAGCGUUUUGAAAGUGCAGAAAGAAUGAUGGUGGCGAAAUGGUUGCCAUCAUCAUUCUUAAAUUUGAAGUGUUGAUUUGGAUUUUUAUGGGACAGUAGAUUUUGGACUGCCCUAUUCGUGGGGCACCACCCUUUAUUUAUCACUCAAACUAGUUUCCUUCCCCUGCAAUCACUGUACUUCUCAACUUCAUUUAUCCUUCAAACACGGACGGACUAUAUUCCAUUUCUUACCAUUUCUCUGUUGUUAGAAAAUUACUCCUUCUGCAUCAACAUUGCAGCGCAAAACCAGAUUUUGAAGUAUCACCCGCCAUGUCUGUGGACCUACAAAAACAACGGAACAAGAUGGCAAUUUCGAAUCUCAAUAAUGUAAAAAUGUUCCACCAAACAAUGACAUCUCCGUUUUCUUUA